AUGUCUUUCUGCGGCACUCCAGGGAACAACGCAAACGACCAGAUCCGAAGCGACUCCGAUCGGUGUCAGCAUGCAGCCAAAUCUUUGAGCGGAAAAUGCACCCCGGCUGUUGACAAUGAGCCGGACGAAUGUGGCUUCGCGUCGAAUCUGCCCGGUCUUUGUGCGUUCUGCGCGUCUAGCUCCCAGAAUGCGACGGAUUCGUGCUGUGUCAAUUCCAAUGUCGAGUCUCGCUGUGUAGGAGUACAGCUACCUACCACUACGACAAUGCCACCUCUGUUUACUACCACAGCCACUGUUGCCCCCACCAGUUCCACAUCCGCUGCGGCAGGUGGGGCUUCUGGCCUGUCUGGAGGAGCUAUUGCUGGUAUCGUUAUCGGAUCCAUUGUCGGAGCGGCUGUUCUCCUUGGAUUGAUCAUCGGUGGUUGCAUUUUUGCUCGGAAACGCAAACAGAGCCAGCAAAACAGCAUAUUGAACACCCCAUCUCCCACUCGCCAAGCAGCUAUAGGACCACCGAUGACCUAUGGAGGAGACGGACAUUCGCCUCCGCCUACCAUUGUACCUGGCGCACGAGUCGCUCGGAUGUCAGCCCUAGAAGGUUCAAGCUCUUCGGAUCGGUACAGCUCUCCCCGCGCGGGUGUAUUUCACGACAGACUUGACCCCUAUGACUCCCCAGAAUCACACCGCGCCUACCUUGGAGCAGCAAACCUGCCCAAGCGCGACGGGUCUCUGUCUAGCCACUCUGCGUUGGCCAUGGCUAGUGGUCACUCGUCACCCCACUCAGCCUCCGACCCCGACCGGAGUUACUCAAGUCCUGAAGGCAUCGCUUCAGGUCAAUCCGAACAACUUCAAUUCUUCAAGGAUUACUACUCUCAGGAUGACAUUCACCCGAACGACACGGUCGCUGUUCUUUGGGCGUAUCAGCCUCGUGCCAACGACGAGUUCGAACUAGAGCGCGGAGACAUGCUUAAAGUCGUCGGCAUCUGGGACGAUGGAUGGGCGACAGGUGUGAGGCUCACUGAGACAACAGACGAAUGGGAGGCGCGGAGAGCACUUCAACGCGACUCUGGCGUUAGCAACGGAAGUCGCAAAUCUCGCAUAGAGAGCGAUAGCGAGAUCAAGGCGUUUCCGUUGGUUUGCGUGUGCCUUCCGCAGCAUUGGCGCAAAACAAUAGAAGGAGACAGCACGGACACGGGUGGAGGCAGUGGAGGUGACCGGCGUCCUCCCAGUCCUUAA